GCUGAAGAGCUGCAUGAAGCCGGUGAGGCGCAGGCCUAAUGAGGAGGAGCUGAGGAUGAUAAGCGUGGAUGAUAAUACCCGUGCUGUGGAGCAUUCUGAUGUCCAGGAGUCAGUGGGUCCCCUGGUGGCCCCCACUCCUCUCCGUCCAUGGCCCCAGAUGACACUUCAGGUUUCUGAAGUUACAUUGAUGGGCAACCCUCCAGAAGAAGGUGACAUCCCCAGAAGCAGUCCACCUGUGGCUUUUACAGAGGUCCCUCAGGCACCAGCCAUCAGGAUUCUCCCCUCCUCCCCUCUCUGUGGCCUGGUUGGCUCCCCCAGGGACCAGGCCUCAGGGCCUGAUGCAAGUGAGGGGGCCAUUGGGCCUUUCCUGGAACCCAGCCAGCAGCAGAUGGAGGCUACAUGGGAAGUAUUGAGUGAGAAUGGAGGGGAUCGAAAGGACCCUGUGGUGGGAGCUGUUAUGGAUGAGCCCCCUGGGGGUCUGGAGGUGGUGAGUGGGUUGGAGGAGCUUCUUGGCGAAGACACCAUCGACCAGGAGCUGGAGCAGCUUUACCUGUCCCACCUGAGCCGCCUACGAGCUGCUGUGGCUGCAGGUGGCAUAGGGGGUAGUGGGGAGGGCCCCAUGGAUGGGGGCAUGUCCCCCAACCAUCCCUUGGGCAUACUCACGGACCGUGACCUGAUCUUGAAGUGGCCUGGCCCUGAGCGGGCCCUGAACAGCGCCCUGGCUGAGGAGAUCACGCUGCACUAUGCCCGGCUGGGGCGUGGCGUGGAGCUCAUCAAGGACACUGAGGACCCUGAUGAGGAGGGAGAGGGCGAAGAGGGGCUCUCCAUCAUACCCUCCAGUCCAGAAGGGGACAGCCCCAAGGAAUCACCUCCGGAAAUCCUUUCUGGGGCCCGUUCUAUGGUGGCCACUAUGGGAGAUGUGUGGCUCCCAUGGGCUGAGGGUUCAGGAUGUGACAGCCCUGUGGUUCUGGGUACAGAGGGUCAGUUCUCUGGGGAUCCAGAAAAAGGGAUGGGCAAGGACACCAACUCUUUAAACAUGAAUAGGAUGAUAGUUGGGGUGACUGAGUCCCUGGGGGAGGCCAAGACAGAAGCCCAGCUGGAGGUUACUUCUGAGUGGGCAGAUGACACAGAUCCUAUAUCCAGCAAGGAUCCAGCUGCUCCAGUCCUUCUGAGGGGGCAAAAUCCCACCUUUCUUGGUCCCUUGGGGGCUGAAGUCUGUCCUAGUGUGACUGGGCCCUAUGUAUGCUCCCAGGACGAAGAGGGUGAAGGCCCAAGCCUUGAGCCCCCAAAGAAGUCUCCUACCCUAGCAGCCCCUGCAGAAUGUGUGUAUGGUUUACCUCCCCAGCUCCGGGGGCCCUUGACCCAGACUCUGGGUGUCCUGGCUGGGCUGGUGGUAGUCCCUGUGGCUCUGAACAGUGGUGUGUCCCUCCUGGUGCUUGCGCUGUGCCUCUCUCUGGCCUGGUUCUCAUAGGGGCUGCUGAUGGGACCAGCAAUAACAGGCUUCUCCCUUUCUGGGGUCUGGAGAGCAGCAGCCCUUUUACCACCCCAGAGGGUAGAGAUGGGAAUAUGUGACCUGUGCAGUGAGGGGACCUUAGUCCUUUGCUUCUAAGAAUACUUGACUGGAGAGAGGCCUUCCUGUCCCUGAUCUUUCCAGUCAGCACAGAGCUCCUUGCAGUGACACCAAUGGAGAGAAACAGGGGACCAGUGGAUGGUGUGAGUGAAAGAACUUGUGGAAUGGAACUG